UCUCGAACUUUCAAUGUUCAAGAUUGAGUGAUGCGUCUUCUUAACAGGGCAAUCUAGGCGCCCGGAAUGUCUCGGCGCUUAGCCACCCCCAUUGAUCUGCCUCUUGACCAAACCCUGCAAUCCAAUGGCGUACGCCCAAACCUGAGAUGAGUCUCCACUACAACGUCAAGGCAACAUCAUGCAGGCCUCCGAUUCCCACCCUCUCGAUUUGUCCAACGGCCCGCGCCUAGUGCGGCUAGUGGUAUGAUCCGCCUCUCGUUGACAAGCGCAUACGCCAGUUGACUUCGAAGUCUCUCCAUGAUUGGUUUGUCUUUUCAAGAAUGGUGCACCUUCAUGCGGUCGCGAGGCGUUCAAGCGGCCGUCUUAGGCCCCUCUUGACAGGGUUUGAAGGUAUGUAUGACCAGCGCAGUCCCAACCUUUUCAGACGUAGGCGACCGUUGUCCUACUCUUGCUGCUUAGCCUGUGGUGCAAUCAGUCAAAGAUGGACGACCAAAGGCCUGUCCGGCUUCUCUCUUUGGAUGGCGGGGGUAUUCGCGGGCUCUCCUCCAUCUUGAUUCUGAAAGAUUUGAUGCGCCAUAUGAAUCAAGAUCGUGAUCCCAAUAGCCAGCUCCAGCCUUGGCAAGUCUUCGAUCUCAUUGGAGGUACAAGCACGGGCGGAAUUAUCGCUAUAAUGCUAGGAUGUCUUCGCAUGACGGUCGAUGAGUGUGAAGAGGCGUACAUUCGUCUUGCAAAAACAAUUUUCAAGCCGAAACGAUGGAAAUACAACGCCUUCAGCCGUGGUGUCGAUUUCUUUUCCGCUAGCGAACGGUACGACUCAGCAAAAUUGGAAAGUGUGGUCAAAGAAAUCAUCAAAGCACGAACGGGUAGCGAGAAGACCCCAUUGAGUAAUUUUAUAGAGGACGGUGUCGGCAAAGUGUAAGAGGAUGGAUGCAAGACCAACAACCGCCAGAAGGUUGAGCUGACAAUGAAAAAGGUUCGUUACCACGGUUCAGACAG